CCGGCAUAUGAUAUUUAUGCUUUGACGUUUCAUGCUUCCAUUUUCAAUCUUCGAAAUGAUUGAAAGUUGAAAUUGUUCAAAUUCUAGGAGCGUGAUAAACCUUGAGAAGCCAGGCGUAAGUUUCUCUUGCCGGUCCCGCGCCAAACACAUCGCCGAACUAGGCACAUAUGGGAGGAGGAGACCUCUGCUGCGUUGUCGGCUGCAGGAAUCGCAAAGGAAUCGAGCCUGGGCUGUCAUAUUUCAGCUUUCCAAAGAACGACAGAGUUCGAGGACUGUGGCUGCACGCCCUGUCCCGCACUGGUUGGGUGUCGACGGGACGAUCGAGAGUCUGUUCCGACCACUUCACGGAGGAAUGCUUCGACGAGACAGCCAAAUUUUGUGCGCAGUUUGGGCUCCCAUUUCGACGCAGGCUCAAACCCGACUCUGUACCCACUGUUUUCGACGAAAAGCGCCCACCGCCGGUACCCUGCGGUGCUUACGCGAAGAAGAGGUUGGAGAUUUGUAAUGACGCACUUGCAGCCACCUCAUUGCCAUCUUCAGUUGUCACCAAACGACAAACGUCGAAACAUGAAGUCGUGAGCAUCCGCAGAAGGGGACAGGCGACAGACAAGUGUUGUCAGGUGGAGCUGCAUGGUGUUGAUGUUGCUGUUCAGACGGAACCAUUGAAGACGACGGGUGUGCAGGCACCACCAGUGCAGUGCAGAACCGAAGACGAAUCUUGCGAGCGCCUGCACAGUCAAAACUGCGUCGUGGACGAGCACUGUUUGACGCAGCUCCUCGAAAGGUGUCCAGUGUGUUGUUACAAGUCGGAGGUGGAGGUCACCGUGGUAGGUGCCCUCGUGAAGGCCACCAUCUUCUGCCCCUGGAGGAAGCACGUCUCCUACUGGUGCAGCCAACCGCUUGAAAGGUCCCCGACGGGCUGCAGGCCCCCCGACGUCGAUGACGCGCCUCCAGCUAUCCCAAGAAAAAGCGAGCCAUCUGAAGUCCCGGAACUGAAAUAACUAAAGCAAUACUCAGGAUUUUUUUCUUUUUUUUUUUUCUUUUUAUGAAACAUGAUGUUAGGUUGUUCCAGCGGCAGCGUUCUUGUCUGGAGCUAGGUGGGCAGACCUCACCUCGAGUAGCCGCGUAGAGGGUCCGCAGGGCGUCCAGAAAGUUCCCUUUUUGACUUGUAAAACCUGCUCUAUAAUUCUGUUUGUACAUAAAAGUUAUUUAUUCCCCAUCA